UGCGGCUCUGACGUCAUCAGAUGGAGGAAUGAAAUGAACAUCGCGGAUCAUCUUUGAGCGCUCCGAACCGGAACCGGAACCGAGGAUUAUAGUCCAAGCAUCAGCUGAUUGGGAGUGACAUCACCCGGAUUACAGUAGCCCUCAUGUACCGCAGCCUGCUGGGACGUCACUGGGUCCAGCCCAACGGAACCGAGCAUUAGCACACGUGCGCGCGUGCCUGCCGAGGAGCAGCUGAAAGCGGACUAGAUCAGGAUGUCAUCACUGUCAGAGCAGCUGCAGGAUGUGCGGUGUCAGGCUGAAGUCUGUCUGUAUUCGGGCGGUAGAGUGGUGGACGUGCGGUCUGGUGUGAUUGCAAUGGCAAACCUGCCCUUACCGCCGUGCUCCAAAUAUCAGCACAUCGCUGCAGAAAACAUGGUCAGGGAGAACAGCUUUGGCACCAACAGGAAGGAGACGCUGGCAUCUCUUCAGAGGUUCUCUACGGCACUCAACAUUCUAGAAAAGUAUGGCUGUAAUUUGACGAACCCCAACAGACCAAAGUACUGGAGGACAGUCAAACACAACAACCCUGUGUUUAAGGCCACUGUUGAUGCUAUUCAGGGAGGCCGAGCAGUGCUGUGUCUCUAUGGUUACACCAAUCAGCAGCCAGACGGGCUCAGCUUCCCCAGUGACGUCACAGAUCCCGAUGUGGGUAAGGUUGCUGCAGUAACACUGGAAGUCAUGAGCCUCAGGAUGGAACUGGAGAUGCUCAUCAAGGAGACUCAUCCCCACCCUGAGUUCUAUGAGAGAAUAAUUCCCACACUGAGACACAAGGACGUGGGUCUUAACACCGAUGCCGUGCUCUACAAUUCCCCAAGAACAUCAUCCCACCCAGCCAGCCAGACCAAGUCGCUGGCGUUUCCCCUCCAGCAUUGCUCCUCCAAGAAGAGCAACCAGCCACAGUCUCUGUCCUUCAAGCACCAGAGUCUCAAAACUUUGGAGAUCUUUUCCUCCACCUCCAGCAAACAUCCUGAGAACUGCAGUAUCUGUGGAAUCUUCCGGAUCUCGGCCCACUGCCUGACCUGCCUGCAGGGCCUUUGCUCUGAAUGUGACCGGGUCCAUCACUCUUCCCCUGAGAGGGCUGGCCACCGCCGAACCGUCAUCUCAUCGUGGUCUACUUCCAAAGCGAGGAGCAGUCAGAGUUCUUCUACCUGGUGCUGCACUCAUUGCUCCAAGGUGAACUCGGAUCGUUGUGUGCUGUGUGAGGACUGUGAACACCCUCGCCUGGAACCCAACAAAGAUGAGAGUCAGUCUGCAACUCUCAACGAGUGGCAGUGUAAGAGCUGCACGGUGAUGAAUGCAGGCAGCAGCGUGCUGUGUGAGGUGUGUGAAAGACCUCGUCUGGCCACACGCCCUCUGGUAACGCCGUCACAUCCACCUGUCACCCCUCCCAGACCUCCAGCACCUGUUCUGGGCAUGCCCGGUGACCCUGACAGCCAGUGGGUGUGCCAGUUCUGCACAUAUCUCAACUACUCUCCUGCCACAAUGUGUGAGAUGUGUGACCUCACUCGUCCAGAGCCCCCGCCCCUACCCGUGAAGCUCCGCCCCCCCUCGCCUGUCAGACGAGUUCCCGCCCUGCCAAUCAAACCCAAAAAGCCCGCCUCAGAAGAUGCUGAUUCUUGGAGGCAAAAAAGGAUGAAGGAGGAGGGCGAGAAGCUGAUACACCUGAUUAGGGAAGGAGAAAAGAGAGGCCUGAGUCCAGAAGAGGUGUACACAAGCAUGAAGGUCUCUGAGGAAAGCUGCAACCUGUCCAGUAAAUGGCUGAAGACGGAGCUCCCCCUGCUUUUGGAUCAGAUCCGGAUGCUGGUAGCAACUUCAUCCUCACAGUCUGAGCAGACCUGCAUGGAGGAUGCUCCGUGUGAAACUCUUCUUGGGGGGAAACUUCCCACCACCGUCAUCCAGCUGUCUAGAGCUGAAGCCAAGCAGGCCUGGCUGACAGCAGGGGGCGACACUGAGAAAGCUGCUAAACAAGCUCUCAGAGACAGACUGGCUAAGGUGGAAGAGCUACACGUGCUUGGCUUCAGGGAUGACGCUCGUUGCCAUGAGGUGCUGAGGCAGAGCGGUGGAGAGAUCCGGGGGGCUCUGGCGCUGCUGCAGAGGCCCCUGCUGGAGGCCUUUCACAUGCGCAUCUGGAGUGACAAGCCUGACCCUCCUGUGGACAUACACCACCCUGACAAGCAGCGAGUUUGUCGCAGGCUGCUGGCAGUUUAUGACCUUCCCAGCUGGGGUCGCUGUGAGCUGGCUCUGUCCCUGCUCCUGGAGCACAGCGCCCCCUAUUCCCUGGAAGACGUGGUGCAGGCUGUGCGGGAGUCCCAUGACAGGGAGUUCAUCAGGAGGGUCCUGGCCAAAGAGUGCCCCAUCUGCCUGUCCGUCUUCCCCCACAGUAAGAUGCAGUCUCUGACAUCCUGCCAGUGCUCCGUGUGCUGCGACUGUUUCCAGCAGCACUUCACCAUCGCUGUGAGGGACAAACACAUCAGAGACAUGGUGUGUCCGGUCUGCUGGGAGCCUGACAUCAACGACCCCGAACACCUCAACAGCUACUUCUCCACUCUGGACAUCCAGCUUCGAGAGUGUCUGGAGCCGGAAGUGUACGAGCUGUUCCACAAGAAGCUGACUGAGCAGGCUCUGAUCAAAGACCCCAAGUUCCUGUGGUGCUGUCAUUGCUCCUAUGGUUUCAUCUACGAUGGAGAUCAGCUGAAAGUCACCUGCUUCCAGUGUCGCAACAGUUUCUGUGCUCAGUGCAAGAAGCCGUGGGAGCCUCAGCAUGAAGGACUGUCCUGUGAGCAGUACCAGACAUGGAAGAGGGAAAAUGAUCCAGAAUACCAGCGGCAGGGCCUGGCGGGAUACCUGCGAGACAAUGGCAUCACCUGUCCAAACUGUCGUUUUCAGUACGCACUGUCUAAAGGAGGCUGUAUGCAUUUCUGUUGCUCCCAGUGCCGCUACCAGUUCUGCAGCGGAUGUAACAACCCCUUCCACACGACUUGUGCGGUGGAUGGCUGCAGUGUGUCCGGCCUCCAUGCUCACCAUCCCAGAGACUGCCUCUUCUACUUGAGAGACUGGGAGCCUUCCAGACUGCAGGCUUUACUGCAGAAUAAUGGAGUGGACUUCAACACCGAACCUCCUCCAGGGACACAGACAGGUCUUUGUGGAGUCAUAGAGCAGAAGGAUGAGGGCGGACAGCAGUCAGACGCUGCCUGUGGAGCUCAGACUCAAAGCGGACAUGCUGCCCUCUGCGAGAAACAUUACCGGGAGUACCUGGUGAGCCUGAUCAACAGCCACUCCAUCGACCCCGCCCCUCUGUACAGCUCCAAUGAGCUCCUGCUGGCUUGCAAGAGGUACAAGGUGGAGGAUGCUCGUAAGGAAGGAGAAGACUCAUUUACCUUCUACAGUCGUCUGCUGCAGAAACUGAUGGAUGAAGUCCCGCUGGGUGACAAGGUUCCCCGCAAGAAAUAAUUGAAGCCUCAUUAUUUACAGUGUAAAUUCUUUCAGCAGCAUUUGAACAUGUAUGUCGCUGCAGAGAGGACACACACUUCUGUCAAAGCAAGACGGCUCCUGGUUUUCUUCAUGUGAGAAGGACUUUUAGUUUUUACAUCACUUUUGGUUGUGUCUUCUACUUGAAAAAUACAUUUAGCAAUACUUCAAGGAAUGGCUGAAAUAAGUAGGCCCUCCUCUGUGGAGGCUGUCCAGUCUGACAGUGGGGUGGUCCAUCAAGGGAUCCACGAAGAGGUUCAGGAAAAGAGAAGGCACUGAUUAUGUCAUAUUGACACUCAAAGGGAUUUUGGGGGUUAUUUUGUACCAGAAAAAUGUUGCUGUGAGCUGCAAAUACAAUGCAGAUUUUGUAACAUACUUUAAUUGUUUUGGCUAGAAUUCUGAUUAUGUGCAGCUUAAAGCUUGUCAAUUAAAACAACAAAACAGAAUGUAUUAAAAAAAAAAAAAAAAAAAAAACA